CAUGGACACACAAUCCCCUACUUCGAUCGCACGAAGGUGACGACAUACAUUGCUGUGGAACCGAAUGAGCUCUUCCAUCCUGUCUUGCGUGCUACUGCCGCCAAGUACGGUUACAAUGAAGCAAGUGGAUCGUUCAUUCUAAUCCCACUUGGCGCAGAAAAUUCCUCUGAUAUCCUCAAGUCAUUGGGUGAUCAUCACAUCGAUAACGGUGUCGACACCAUCAUAUCCAUUCUAACGUUCUGUAGUAUUCCUUCCGCGGAAACCGUGAUAACCCAGUUCAUCGGUCAGUUGCUCCGGCCUGGGGGGAUUCUCCUUUUCCUCGAACAUGUGAGGAGCAAUCGACCCGAUGUGAGACGAUGGCAGACUCGUUGGACGCCAAUUUGGACCCUCUUUUUCGACGGCUGCAGAAUGGAUGUCCCUUCGGAUAGAUUGAUCAAUGAUAUGGAUAUAUGGGCGGAGAAGGAAGUUUGGAGCAGGGAUGACGAGACAGAUGAACGGCUCUUCUGGCAUAGAGUUGGACGAUACGUCCGGGCAUGAUGCAUACGGGUGAAAAAUUAUGGACCCAUCCGGCCGCAUUCGGGAAUGGGGGGGACGUUAGGUUGCCAAGGCUUUGCGAAUGCAUGCCGAGAUCUACGCGCCAAUGAAGUAUAUGAAGACGAGAAAAGUAAGACUAUGUGUAACGUACAUGUACCGCCAGAAAUGAUUGAAAGAAUCUAAUCUGCGUCUUGGCGAACCCUUCCCCCUGUUACUUCAAUCAGUUUGCCGCCUGCACUCCUCACCAGAUCUUUAUAUACGGCCUCCGAAAACAAGUCAGUGCAAAUCAGGACUCCGAGGUACUUUGGUCAUCUCACCUCCUCAUACUUUUCCUGUUCUUUGCUCUUUGCACCUUCCUCGCGAGGACUUCCUUCCUCUCCUU